AUGGGAAACCCUCUUCUAUUCUUUUGGGCCGAAUCCCUCUUCUUCUCCCCAUUCUUCUCUCUUCCUGCUGGCCCAACCCGCAACGUCAGCCCACCUCCCUCCUUUCCUUCCCUGCUUAGUGCAGACGCGGCCCAGCUAGCUCUCCUCCUCCCUCCCCUUGCUCUGGCCCAUUCUUUCUCCCUCUCAUUCUGGCCCGCGCAGCAGCCACGGCCCAGCUGGCCUGCUCCCUACCCCCUCUUUGCCUCGGCCCAGCAGGCGACCCACGGCCCAGCUCGGUUGCGCAGCCGCGCGGCCCACCAAGCCCAGCAGCCAGCACCCCAGCCCAACCCUAGCGAGCAGGGGGCGCGCACCCCAGCACCCAGCCGCCCCUCGCCUCCUGGAGAGCGCCCGCGCCGCCUCUGCCUCCGUGGCACGGACGCCGAUGAGCGCCGCGUGUCCUCUCCGAGGCACGGACGCCCAGGAGCCGCUGUAGCCCUCUAUGCCCUAGCCACGCGCGCCUAUAAAAGCCAUGGCCGCCGCCGCUCUCUGCUCCAUUCCCAGCCGCCGCCGCUCCGUCAAGCCUCGCCCCCGUGUCGUCCUCGCCAAGUCGAGCAGCCGCGCCACCGCCGAGCUCGCCGUGUCACAGCCGUCGCGGCCGGCAAUGCCCCUGCCCCGACGCCUCGCCACCGCGGGAGUUGCCGCGGCCACUCUGCGACACCGGCCACGACGCCUUCGCCACCUCGCCGCGACGCCCACCGACCUCGCCGGGCGCCAACCCCCCCCCCCCUUCAUCGCGAGCUCCUCGUCCACUCGCCGUGCUGCCACGACGACGCCCGCGGGCAGCAGCAGGCCACGCCCGUGUCCCGGACCUCGCCAGGAGUCGCGGACCCCUUCUUCGCCGAGCACCUCACCGCCAAGGCCGAGCUAUGCCCACCUCGACGCUGGCCGACCUGGACCGCGGUCACGCCCUCGGAGCCCUCGCCCGGCGACCUCGACACCGCGACCCCGACACCGUGUCGCCCUCACCCAGCGCCCCACCUCGCCACGACGCCCUCUGCGCCAAGCCGUGGGACGCGUACGAGCAGUCGCGACGCCGAGCAGCAGCAGGGCAGCGACACCGACCUCGCCCCGACCACACGCGUCGCGCAGCCACCCCGGCAGCAGCGUGGUGGCCGCGAUGUCGUCACCCUGUCCGUGCGACGCUGGACGCGGUGA